AUGGCCAGCUGUGUGAAGUGGCGUUUGAAACGUUAUGGAAGACUUAUUCAAGAUCCCGGUGAGACUGGCAAGAGGGAAUCCUGGAAGAUUUUUGAAGCAAAAAAAGGAGGGCCUGAAAUCAUCUUCAUGAUCUCGGACUCUGGAUACUUGAUGGUCUUACAGGGGCAAGAAUGCUUGGAGACACUUCCUUUGAUUGGUGCUGGAAAUGUGCUCAAAGCCCACCAGAAAUCAGACAACCUGAUGCUUCGCAAAACUGUCAAAGGAUCAGGCUGCAUGAUCAGGAUGCAGUUUGACGGCAGUAACAAGUCGCAAGCCAUCAAAGAGUGCUUGAGUGCCGCAGAAAGACUCCGGGAGUUUCUGCCCGUCAACACUCUAGAAGACGCCCUGCCGCCAAAUAAUCAGCCCCUAGCUGACGUCCCUGUCACUGUGACACAGCAGUGUCCACAGCAGGGUGAGGCAGCCGGAGCUGAACCAGAGGUUGUGCAAGGAUCGCUGUCCAUCAAGCGCCUUGCUGAGAACCUUUUGGGAAUUACGCCUCUGACGUUGCCUGGGCUGUACCGUCACGCGCCUUCACAACCCAGAGACCUGGACGCCUUCGUGCGUGUUUGUCUGCUGGAUCCCAGCUUCCCGGCUUUUGUGGAGCAGGUAGAGGGUGAGCUGAGGAAAAUACUCGAAGAGUGA